AGUGAGUAAUGGAAUUUGAUGGUGCGCAUGGAAAAGGUUGAUGGCACUCUCAUGCCACCAGAUGGACCUGAAUCUUGGCCAAACAACACAAGUAGGCGUCAAUGGCUUGUCUUUUACAGAAUCAAUAAUAUGUCACUACAAGGAAGUGGUGUUAUUGAUGGCAGAGGACAAAAUUGGUGGGACCUUCCUUGUAAGCCUCAUAAGGGACCUAAUGGGACUACACUUCCAGGACCUUGUGAUAGCCCAGUUGCAUUAAGGUUUUUCAUGAGUUCAAACUUGAGUGUGCAAGGACUUAGAAUCAAGAACAGUCCCCAGUUCCAUUUCAGAUUUGAUGGCUGCAAAAGCGUUCGAGUAGAUUCAAUCUUCAUAACAUCUCCAGCACUAAGUCCCAACACUGAUGGAAUACACAUAGAAAACACAAAUGACGUAAGGAUAUACAAUUCCGUCAUUUCCAACGGUGAUGACUGUGUGUCCAUUGGAACGGGUUGCUAUGAUGUUGAUAUAAAGAACAUUACAUGUGGUCCCAGCCACGGAAUUAGGUACUUCUAUGAUCACUUAUUUAUGUACUAUUCCCAAAAGUUUCAUUCUCUUUUCCUACUUCAUUAAUUUGUUCUUAACUUCUCAUCUUGUCAAAUAAAUACUUUCUC